UACACCGAAUUUAUCCUCCAACCCACAAUUAGGCUGCUUUAGUUGGGUCUGCCGGAACCAGAAACCAGAAACAUUGAUCAUGAUUUAUAACUCUGCAAGAAAUUGAAUGGCAUCUAUGAUUAUAUUAUUUUAUUUGUUUCCCUGUCUCAACCUCGGGACUCCUAUCCUGAGGUCACCAGAACCGGCUGGAUCCAGCUUCAUUCCUGCUUUGUGUUGGACUCCACUGCUACGUGUCGCUGAAUGAUGAUGACUAAAUGCAGCCGGUGCCAGCCAUACAUCAAUUCAGACUAUUAUUGUAACGGUUACCCUGUCUUGUUCCACUGUUCCCUCUUGUUUACCAUUUUCGUCACUUUUUGCAUUCCUUAGUUUUCACUUUUGUCCCUUAUGUAACUCCAUAGUCUCUUUGUUAGCAUUCGUGUUUUCCGUCAUUGCUUUCACCUGUCCCUCGUUAACUUGCCACUUGCCUCUGUUUCUUCCCUCGUUAUCUUGUUUGUUGUUCUGUUUGUUCAUUGGCCCCUUAGUUCUAUGUUCAUGUAUAUAUAUCCUGGUUUUUGGUUUAGUCCCUGUCUUUCGUUGAUUGUAUGUGAACGUGAAUGUCAUCGUUGUAUGUUCGCUUGUGGUUACCCUGUUCCCUGUCUGUUCCGUCCGCUGUCUGUCGUUUCAGGUUUACCCUGCCCACUGUGGAUGUUCUCUGCCCAGUCACUCCUGCACCCCUCCUGUGUUAAAUCCAGUAUUCCCUCCUGUGUUAAAUCCAGUAUUUCUAGUUUGUGUUUUUCCCAUCGUGGAUCUUUGCUUUGUGUUUAUUUAUUUAGUUAUUUGCAAUAAAACCGCAACUGGAUCCUAAUCACCUGUCUGCCUUCCCCUGUUUCCACACGACAUCAUAACAGAACGAAAGACCAAACUAUGGAUCCAGCGGUUCUCCGGGCGAGCUGUACUGGACCUGAGGCAAGGAAGCCGCCCGGUGGAGGAUCACGUUAGGGACUUCCUGAUCCUAGCGUGUGCCACCGACUUCACUGACUCUUCCCUGGUGGUAUUUUUUAAGAAUGGCCUGUCCGUUUCGCUCAGAGAGCGAUUGCCAUCAGCGACACGUGGCUGGACGCUCCGUGAUUUCGUGGCGGAGACGCUGCUGGUAUGCGGCUCGCCAGCCCCUCCGGUCAGUGAGGAAACCCCCACGCCUGUCGCCGUCAACAAGCCAGCACGGCCAACUUCGUCCGCCCGAAGGAGGAGGAGAAGGAAGGCUUCCGCCUCCCAGCCCAUGCCUGCCACGGUCAGCGAGCCAGAGCCCACGCCUGCCACGGUCAGCGAGCCAGAGCCCACGCCUGCCACGGUCAGCGAGCCAGAGCCCACGCCUGCCACGGUCAGCGAGCCAGAGCCCACGCCUGCCACGGUCAGCUAGCCAGAGCCCACGCCUGCCACGGUCAGUGAGCCAGAGCCCACGCCUGCCACGGUCAGCGAGCCAGAGCCUGUAGCCUCUACCGUCCCAGAGCCAGCGCCUGUAGCCUCUACCGUCCCAGAGCCAGCGCCUGUAGCCUCUACCGUCCCAGAGCCAGCGCCUGUAGCCUCUACCAUCCCAGAGCCAGCGCCUGUAGCCUCUACCGUCCCAGAGCCAGCGCCUGUAGCCUCUGCCGUCCCAGAGCCAGCGCCUGUAGCCUCUACCGUCCAAGACCCAACACCUCUCAAGUCUCUCGAGCCUACCAGGGCCCCGCCUCUCGAGCCUCCCAGGGCUCCGCCUCUCGAGCUUUCCAGAGCUCUGCCUUCCGAGUUUCCCGAGCUUUCCAGAGCUCCGCCUUCCGAGUUUCCCGAGCUUUCUAGAGCUCCGCCUUCCGAGUUUCCCGAGCUUUCCAGAGCUCCGCCUUCCGAAUUUCCCGAGCUUUCCAGAGCUCCGCCUUCCGAGUUUCCCGAGCUUUCCAGAGCUCCGCCUUCCGAGUUUCCCGAGCUUUCCAGAGCUCCGCCUUCCGAGCCUCCCAAGUUUUCCAGAGCUCCGCCUCCCGGGCUUUCCAGAGCUCCGCCUCCCAAGCAUUCCAGAGCUCCACCUCUCGAGCCUUCCAGGGCUCCACCCCUCAAGUCUCUUGAGCCUCCCACGGCUCCACCCCUCAGGUCUCUCGAGCCUUCCAGGGCUCCGUCUCUCAAGCCCCUCGAGCCUUCCAGGGCUCCGCCCCCAGAGCCUCCUGAGCCUUCCACGGCUCCGCCUCCCGAGGCUCCUAUGGCUCUUCUCUCCGAGCCUCCUUCGCUCCGCCUCCAGAGCCUCCUACGGCUCCACCUCCCGAGCCUCCUAGGGCUCUUCUCCCCGAGCCUCCUACGGCUCCGCCUCCAGAGCCUCCUACGGCUCUGUUCCCAGAGACUCCAGAACCUUCGUGUCCUGGGCCUUCCUCAGCUCCGUCUCCUGAGCCUCCUACGGCUUCGCCUCCUGAGCCUCCAGAGCCUCCCUCAGCUCCGCCUCCUGAGACUCCCGAGCCCCCUACGGCUCUGCCUCCCGAGCCUCCUACGGCUCCGCCUCCAGAACCUUCCAGGCCUCUGCCUCUAAAGCAUCCUACAGCGCCGCCUCCAGGGCCUUCCAGGGCUCCGCCUCUAGAGCCUCCUACGGCUCCACCUUCCUCGGCUCCGCCUCCUGAGCCUCCAGAGCCUCCCUCGGCUCCGCCUCCAGAGCCUCCCUCAGCUCCGCCUCCUGAGCUUCCAGAGCCUCCCUCAGCUCUGCCUCCUGUUCCUCCAGAGCUUUCCAUGGGUCCGCCUCCCUUGGCUCUGCCUCCUGGGCCUCCAGAACCUCCCACAGCUUCGUCUCCAGAGCCCCUCGCAGCUCCGCCUCCGGGACCUGUCCCUGUCCGAUGUCCACCUCCCAGGUCCCCUGAACUGGCCUUUGCCUUGUGGCCAGCUCCCGGGCCACCCAAACCUGUCCCCUUAGUGUGGCCUUCUCCCAGGGCCCCUGACCUAGUCCCUGUCCUGUGGCCUCCUCCCAGGCCUCCUGACCCUAUUCCCGUCCUGUGGCCUCCUCCCAGGCCUCCUGACCCAGUCCCUGUCCUGUGGCCUCCUCCUGACCCUGUUCCCGUCCUGUGGCCUCUUCCCAGGCCCCCUGACCCAGUCCCUGUCCAGUGGCCUCCUCCCAGGCCCCCUGACCCGGUCCCUGUCCUUGCCAAUUGGCCACCUCCCGGGCCAUCUGGACCGGCCUCUGUCCUGGGGCCACCUCCCCGGCCCCCUGAACCGGCCCCUGCUCUGCGGCCAUCUCCCAGUCCACCUAAACCUGCCCCUACCCGGUGGAAGCUCCCCAGGCCACCCGACCUGGUUCCCAGCACACACCCCCAGAGACUGCUUAUCUGCCCUCUCGCCCUCCUUGGUCUGUCUCCGUGUCCCUUGUGCCCCCCGUGGACUGCCUGUCUGCCCCUCGUUGCCCCCAGGACUGCCUGUCUGCCCCUCAUUGCCCCCAGCACUGCCUGUCUGCCCCUCGUUGCUUCCUGGACUGCCUGUCUGCCCUUUGUGCCCCCAGUCAUUGUCAUUUGUUCUUCCUGUUUUUUGUUUUUGUUGAUCAUCUGGUAUCCGAUCCUUGAGGGGGGGGGGCUAUGUAACGGUUACCCUGUCUUGUUUCACUGUUCCCUCUUGUUUACCAUUUUCAUCACUUUUUGCAUUCCUUAGUUUUCACUUUUGUCCCUUAUGUAACUCCAUAGUCUCUUUGUUAGCAUUCGUGUUUUCCGUCAUUGCUUUCACCUGUCCCUCGUUAACUUAACACUUGCCUCUGUUUCUUCCCUCGUUAUCUUGUUUGGUG